GGUUCUUUUGUCACAUGACAGCAGCAGGAAGUAAACAACAGCGUGGACGGAGUUAAUCAUCGAGCUGCACUUACUUCAGCACGGGAAUAUUAAGAUGUUUUAGUGUAAAGUGACAGGAUUCGCCCGUCAUUUAGCUUCACUUGUCGCUGGACAAAUGAGUGUGAGAGCGCUGUGGAUAAUUUCUCAUGAGAAAGGAGAACAUGCGUCCGUACGCUUCUCGAGGAGGUUCCCUACUGUGGAGCGCCGUGCGCAGAGCCUGGCUGGUUCCUCGUAUGUGGCAGUUCCAGAAGACAGCACAGUGCUGCAGCUCCUGAUCUUGGAACUGGGUUGGCCAGACUCAGAAAAUUCCUAUGUAGCCCUCAGAGAUGAUUGCGUCUACUGUCAUGGGUCACCGGCUCUGGAACUGCGGGUGGACAGCUCGGGCAAAGCAAAACUCUGGCCAGUGUUGGUCAUGUCACAUGGGCCUCUCAUCCUGGCUUGCCUUGCUUUGGUUGAUGCCAUUGCUGAGCCACAACCACCCCUGGCCAGCUUGCUGUCAGUCUCUCAAGGUCUCACACUGCUGACAGGACUACAAACAUUUCUGCUUGGCCCAAGAAGUAAGCCUGAUAUUGAGGGCCUGGCGUCCCGCCUAGCGAUGCUGCCGUCUGUCCUCCUGCAGGUUUGCCCACUGGGCACACCCCUGGACGUCCCGCCAUUGGGGGCAUCUGCUACAUCCACAGUGCCCACUCCUGCUGGGAAUCAGAAGCAGCCAGCAUGGAAGACGGGGCUGCACCGUGGUCGCGCUGCAGUUAAUGUAGCACUGAGAGAAAUGGUGCGCUCCAUGCAGUAUGGUAACCGCAGUAGACAGGACCUCUGGGAUGUCUAUGGCACAGUGACAUGCAAAUGUGAAGUGGAGGGAGUUCUCCCAAAUGUGACGGUCACCCUCACGCUGCCACCAAAUGGUUCGCCGCUACAGGACAUCCUGGUCCAUCCCUGCGUCACCUCUGUGGAUUCGACUGUCCUUUCUCCCAACAGUGUGGAUAAUGGUGACAGCUCAUCUUUUUCUGGCCCCUAUAAGUUACCCUUCUCUCCUCCUCUGGAGACUUUCAGACUGUGCAGCUAUACAUCUCAGGUCCCUGUGCCACCCAUACUCGGUUCCUAUCAUCUGACAGAAGAAGAAAAUCAGUUGCGUGUUUCUGCAACCUUGAAGCUUCAUGAGAGUGUGAAGAACAGCUUUGAGUAUUGUGAUGCUCACCUGCCUUUCUUUAACAGAGAUCAGAUUGGUUGUGUGGAGGUGAAGGUGAGCUCUGGACAACUGGAGGUAACUAAGGAGAAGAACUUGCUGAUCUGGAUCUUGGGACAAAAGUUUCCCAAAUCUAGGGAGGUGACCAUGGACGGCAGGAUCAUCUUUUCAGGGCCAACACGAGGUCCUACUGACCCGAUCUGCACAGAACUUACAGCCUACAUGAAGUUGUAUUUCAAAGUGCCUGACACCACACUGUCCGGGUGCUGCGUGGACCAACAUUCAGUGCAGGUUUAUUCUUCUGCCAAACCACGGAUUGGAACGUCCCGGGAACUCCAGUCCAAAGAGUACCUUAUAUGGAAUUCAACAGGAACGGCUCCGGUGUCCUCCGGCUACAUGAUGCUGUAGUGUGGAAGCUUAAACAGCAGAUACUCUACACCCUGUAUGAAAGGAAAUGAUCAUGCUGAUAUUGGAGAAAAUGGCAUCCACAAUUAAUAUUGCAAAGAUUUAAAAAAAAAAAAAAGUUGACUGGAAGAAGUAUUGACUCAGUUGAUGAUUGGCCUCUUUUGAAAAUACUCCUUCGAGUAACUACUUGACAUCCCACGACAUCACCCUCCCUCGCAUUUUCACUGUGGUGGACACAAGGGCCACCCCUCGCUCUGACAGUCCCACUUCAGUAACUCUCUAUCAGCCGGAUAAUUAGCAGCUGGGGCCUUGUCAUCAGCUGUCGCGGGCCUGGACGAGAGGGGCGGCUGGGUUUUGAAAGGCCAGGUCAGUCUGACCAGUGUCUUGGCUACAAAAGACUCUUCUUUGGAGCUGGCAGGAGUCCUUCUUCCCUUUCAAGCCACCCCCCACCCCCUUUUGACCCCGUCUCCGCCCUGUCAGCCAGUGGCUGGUGCGGACAACCUCUCCAACCAGACUAUGAUUGAGCACUGACCCUCUGGACCUCUGAGACUUGAAAGCAGCCGGUCCCAUUGAGGUAGCAAGCACAGGCUAAUUGGUGAUAAAGUCACAAGCACGGUAAUGGUUGGG